UUUACAUUUAAUGUUGUGUAUUUUGUAUUUGUGUAGAUAGUUUGACUAUGUUCACAGAGUACAUUGCUAUGAUUGUAAAUUGAGAUCGGCUGUUAUUGUGUAUUGUGUUCAAUUGACGAAGUUGUUAAUAAAUGAAGCAUUGCUAAUAUUAUUCAAUUCUGAUACGAACACGUACUGUUUGUCGAAAAAUUCGGUUUUAUUAUUUGUUCCAUUUAGGUUUUUAUUUAAAAUAAAAAACCAAUUUUGGUAGUAGUAAUAAAAAAACUUAUUGAAAAACUUUAUAUUAUAAAUAUACUUCGCUAUUUACAUUAAUGUUAUAUUUCAAGAUUUAAAUAAACAAAAAUAAUGUCUACAGAAUAUUAUGAUUAUUAUGACGGCAGCAAAUUAUUUUUGUUUUUAUCAAACCGACUCGGGCUACCCAUCGACUUGGUUAAUUUUUUGAUCGCACAAUUUGCUGCAUUAUGCGUGGCAAGACUUUUUCGGAAACCAUUAAAACUAGCUUCGCCAGAAUUUCGACAUUCAUUAUGCCUAGUUAUAGGGUUGCUAAUGGGAUAUUUCUGCUUUGGAAAACAAGCGGUCCAUUUAUCGGUGCUACCUAUGAUAGGAUAUAUUCUACUGAGGAUGUUAUCACCUAAUUUAAUGGGAAAUGCUAUUCUGGCCGCUUCUAUGAUAUAUUUGUCUUGUAUACAUUUGCAUCGACAGAUUUAUCACACAGCUGAUUAUUCAUUAGAUAUAACGGGUCCUCUGAUGGUUAUCACUCAGAGGGUUACAUCCUUAGCAUAUUCGUUGCAAGAUAAAUUAACUACAAAGGAGAUAAACGCUAACUCUACAAGUAAUUCAUGGGGUAAGGACUUCAAAACGGAUAAAAUGCCCUCUCCACUCGAAUAUUUCGCAUAUACAUUGGCGUUCCAGACGUUGAUGUGCGGUCCGGUCGUGUUUUAUUCAGAUUAUAUAAGUUUCAUUGAAGGCGAUCAUGUUAAUGGAGAGGGAAAAAGUCAUAUGACAGAAAGAGAACCCUCUCCUAGAUUGGCAGUACUUUAUAAAGUAGCAGGCUCUGUGGCAGCAGCUGUUCUAUAUUUGUCUCUGGCUAAGAAGUAUCCUCUUGCAGUGCUUGAAGAAUUAACCAAUCCACAUUCAGAAGUGUCUCGGUCUUGGUCUGCUUUAUAUUUACUGUGGUACGCGUAUCUAUCUACGCUGGUUGUCCGUUGUAAGUACUAUCACGCGUGGCUGCUGUCUGAGGCAAUAUGUAACAACUCGGGGAUGGGUUUCAAUGGAUAUGACACGAAUGGGAGCCCAAAAUGGGAUAAGAUGUCCAAUAUAGAUGUACUGGGAUUUGAGCUGGCUCAGAACUUCCGCGCGGCUGUAUCAAGCUGGAACAAGAACACGAACGCCUGGCUGCGGCUGGUCGCAUACAGCCGAGGUGGUUGGCGGACGACGCGAGUGUACGCUCUGUCUGCGAUCUGGCACGGCUUCCAUCCCGGUUACUACUUCACUUUCUUCGCGGGUGGUCUCUUCACAGUCGCUGCCAAGAAGGUGCGAUCUUUCGCUCGUCCCAUGUUUGUGGACAGUAAACCUAAGAAGAUGUUGUACGACGCUCUAACCUUCAUAACGACUCGCGUCGCCAUGACGUACGCUACAGUGCCAUUUAUUCUACUAAAUCUUUCACCGACACUUGCUUUUUAUGGAAAAUUCUACUAUUCAUUGCAUUUUAUUGCUCUGGGUGCGCUGUUUUUGCCCAAUAACAAUAAAUACCACACGUCUCAGAUCUCCAAUUGUCCUAAUACGUCUUCCAAAUUAAAAGAAAUUCCGGUUCAGGAAACCAUAGUGGAGGCCAACGGUAAGAUGAAGGUGCGCUAAUAUAAAGAUAAAGUUUACUGCGGGUACGUUGAAUGAUAUGAUGAAAAUAAAAAAAUAUAUAUAUUUACAUUUAAAAAUAGACGAUGCAAUAGUUAUCCAUGUUUUAGGAUAAAUGAAUAUUAAUAUGCAUUUAUAUACCGACAUAUGCCAUAUACAAGUAUUAUGUAAAGCAUCUAUUUUUGCAUGACUUUUAUCGAGUUGAUUUUUACUAUGUUAUGUGAGUUUCUCAUAAUGUUACUUGUUGUUGAUUUUUUUUUUCAAUUAAGAUACUUUUAUUAAUAACCGCAUACAUAUAAGCUUAUUCUGAUGUUAUGGAAUAUUUUUCAAAAUUUUAGCCUCAAUAAUUCCCAUCACAAAGUAUUUAUUAUAUAAAGUUUUAGUACACUUAUAUUAAUUCACUAAAUUUAAUUAAUUAAAUGCCAGUUUAGUUUAUUUUUAGAGUGGAAAAAAAAAACACAAGAUGCCUUACAAAGGCAAAGGCAAAGGAACAUUGACUAUUCCAACAUUGGUGUAUAAUCUAUUUAAUAACAUUAGCACUUUAUUAUAAAUAAUUUGAUGAUAGUUUAUUUUUAAAUUUAAUAAUAAGUAUUUUAAUUUUAAUAAUUUUUUGCUAUUCAUUUGUUAAAUUUCGUUUAUAACAAAAUUAUUUUAAAUAAAUAAGAACACUUCCGACUCAAUAUUGUAUAAGGAAAUUAUUAUAACCAUAUAAAAUUAUUACGAUGUUAUUUUUAUAAGUGAAACUCGCUCUCAUACAAAUUGUAAUUAGUUUAUUGCAUAAUGUCUUAUAUAUUAUUGGUUAAAUACAUUGUCAUCCGUCUGCUACCAUAGAUUUAAGCAUGAAAUCUGAUAUGAAGUUUAAAAAAAUUCAUAAGGUUUCCAUUUAUGUUACGAAUAAACAUGAGAAUAACAUUCCACAUGUACAUUUAUAAUGAAAUAGAAUAAUUAAAUUUAUUUAUUUAUUAAAUGAAAAAAAAUUUCAUAUAAUGAAAUCUGUGCCGCUAACAUAUGAUGCCGAACGAGGGCUAUCAGGAUUGAAAAUUGAUGGUUGUGUUUAAAGCUUGCAAACCUAUGUACAAAUGUGUAACUUUAUAGUAUUUUGUUGGUUUUAUUUUUUUUUAGAUUAUAUUACAUAGUUUUCCGCACAAAUUACUAAUUAGUUGUAACCUUAUAGAUAUUGUUGUUAAACCUGUCUGUUAUUUAAAGAUAUAUAAUGCUUCCAUAACUAAGCACACGCCAUUCUAAUAGUGUUUCAAUAAGUUUAUUCACUGAAGAUGUUGAUUAUAUAUUUUCGUUAUUCGUAAAAAGAAAAAUAUAUUUACAAACUAAGAACUGUAUGUAACAAAUUUUACCUCAACAAAUAGUAUUUUAUUGUAUUAUUUGCAACAAUUGCUGUAUUUUGUUCUUAUUAAAUGUUUAUUUUAAUUA